AUGGAAGGCUCCUACAGUUCAGCCCUGCCGAUCGAGGCCGACGUGAUGGCGCAGUUCUUCGAAGCUGGAGCUCACAGCCACCACUGCUUCGCCUACGAGCAGCAGGACGAGUCCAUGGACGCAAUGGCGGCCAUGUUCUUGCCUGGCCUCGACACCGAAUCGAACUCCUCCUCCAGCUGCCUGAACCAUGACAUGUCUGCACAAUGCUGGCCUCAGCCACAGCCAGGCAAUAGUUCCAGUGUCACUAGUUUCCUUGAUCCUGCUCAUGGCUACGAGAGCUUUGAGUUUCCGCUGAUGGACCCGUUCCCGCAUGCUGACUUCGCCAUCCCAUUCCUUGGUGAGGAUCUGAGCCAUCUACAUGGCAACCAUUCGCUAGUCGGAGAGGAGGAGACAAAAAAUGAUCAUACACCAGUGACUAACAAGAGGAAGUCCAGAGCAACCACCACGGUAUCCAAGAAGGCCAAGAAGGCGGGCAAAAGGGAUUCCGCUGGCAACAACGAAGACGCCUAUGUUGUCGACCCACAAAGCUCGAGCAGCUGCACAUCAGAGGAUGGGGAUUUGGAUGGCAAUAUCAAGUCGAGCUCGAAGAAGGCGGGAACCAGAGCCAGCCGUGGGGAGGCUACUGAUCCUCAGAGCCUCUAUGCAAGGAAAAGGAGAGAGAGGAUCAAUGAAAGACUGAAGACCCUGCAAAACUUGGUUCCCAAUGGAACAAAGGUUGACAUCAGUACAAUGCUGGAGGAAGCUGUGCAGUAUGUCAAGUUCAUGCAGCUUCAGAUUAAGUUGUUGAGCUCCGACGACAUGUGGAUGUACGCACCUCUCGCAUACAAUGGGAUGAACGUCAGCAGUCUUGAUCUGCACAUCUCUGCUCUGCAAAAAUAA